CUGCCUCCCACCCACACCCCGGUCAGGGUCAGGGGCCCUACUGGACCCCUGGCUCAGCUCCUCGGUCUUCUCAUCACUCACCUGGUCAGCCCAGGCUGAGAUCACUCGCCAGCUUCUGGCCUCUGCAGGACACAGCAAUCACGUGCAUGCUGUCACCGUGGCCAACUGGCUGUUGCUCCCCAGGCCCGCAGAGGCCACUGUCUUUGCCUUCUGCCAUCAUCUGACCCAGGUGAGCGAGAGGAUGCUGGCGGGCGGUGCGAGGAGCAUGCCCAGCCCCCUCCUGGCCUGCUGGCAGCCCAUUCUCCUGCUGGUGCUGGGCUCCGUGCUGUCAGGCUCGGCCACCGGCUGCCCGCCCCGCUGUGAGUGCUCCGCACAGGACCGUGCCGUGCUGUGCCACCGCAAGCGCUUCAUGGCUGUGCCCGAGGGCAUCCCCACCGAGACCCGCCUGCUGGAUCUGGGCAAGAACCGCAUCAAAACCCUCAACCAGGACGAGUUCGCCAGCUUCCCGCACCUGGAGGAGCUGGAGCUCAACGAGAACAUCGUGAGCGCCGUGGAGCCGGGGGCCUUCAAUAACCUCUUCAACCUGCGGACGCUGGGGCUCCGCAGCAACCGCCUCAAGCUCAUCCCUUUGGGCGUCUUCACUGGCCUCAGCAACCUGACCAAGCUGGACAUCAGCGAGAACAAGAUCGUCAUCCUGCUGGACUACAUGUUCCAGGACCUGUACAACCUCAAGUCGCUGGAGGUGGGCGACAACGACCUGGUCUACAUCUCCCACCGAGCCUUCAGCGGCCUCAACAGUCUGGAGCAGCUGACGCUGGAGAAAUGCAACCUGACGUCCAUCCCCACCGAGGCGCUGUCCCACCUGCACGGCCUCAUCGUGCUCAGGCUGCGGCACCUCAACAUCAACGCCAUCAGGGACUACUCCUUCAAGAGGCUCUACCGGCUAAAGGUCCUGGAGAUCUCCCACUGGCCCUACCUGGACACCAUGACCUCCAACUGCCUCUACGGCCUCAACCUGACCUCCCUGUCCAUCACCCACUGCAACCUGACGGCCGUGCCCUACCUGGCCGUGCGCCACCUGGUCUACCUGCGCUUCCUCAACCUCUCCUACAACCCCAUCAGCACCAUCGAGGGCUCCAUGCUGCAUGAGCUGCUGCGGCUGCAGGAGAUCCAGCUGGUGGGCGGGCAGCUGGCCGUGGUGGAGCCCUAUGCCUUCCGCGGCCUCAACUACCUGCGGGUGCUCAACGUCUCGGGCAACCAGCUGACCACGCUCGAGGAGUCGGCCUUCCACUCGGUGGGCAACCUGGAGACGCUCAUCCUGGACUCCAACCCGCUGGCCUGCGACUGCCGUCUCCUGUGGGUAUUCCGGCGCCGCUGGAGACUCAACUUCAACAGGCAGCAGCCCACCUGUGCCACGCCCGAGUUUGUGCAGGGGAAGGAGUUCAAGGACUUCCCCGACGUGCUGCUGCCCAACUACUUCACCUGCCGCCGCGCCCGCAUCAGGGACCGCAAGGCCCAGCAGGUCUUCGUGGACGAGGGCCACACCGUGCAGUUUGUGUGCCGGGCGGACGGCGACCCGCCUCCUGCCAUCCUCUGGCUGUCGCCCCGCAAGCACCUGGUGUCGGCCAAGAGCAACGGCCGCCUGACCGUCUUCCCCGACGGCACGCUGGAAGUGCGCUACGCACAGGUGCAGGACAACGGCACGUACCUGUGCAUCGCGGCCAACGCAGGUGGCAACGACUCCAUGCCCGCCCACCUGCAUGUCCGCAGCUACUCGCCCGACUGGCCGCACCAGCCCAACAAGACCUUCGCCUUCAUCUCCAACCAGCCGGGCGAGGGGGAGGCCAACAGCACCCGCGCCACCGUGCCUUUCCCCUUCGACAUCAAGACCCUCAUCAUCGCCACCACCAUGGGCUUCAUCUCCUUCCUGGGCGUCGUCCUCUUCUGCCUGGUGCUGCUGUUCCUCUGGAGCCGGGGCAAAGGCAACACGAAGCACAACAUCGAGAUCGAGUACGUGCCCCGCAAGUCGGACGCAGGCAUCACUUCUGCCGAUGCUCCCCGCAAAUUCAACAUGAAGAUGAUCUGAGCGUGGGCAGGCCGGGGGGCGAGGGUGGCGGCCAGUGCAGGGGCCUGGCUGCCGUCUGCCGGCCUCCGGCCCCCUCCA